CUUUGGUACGAGAGGAAUUUAUAACCAAAGAGGUUCGUGGUUAUAGAGUCAGUCAAAACAGGGCAGAGGGAGCAGUGUGGAACAGGGGCAGGCCUAGGCCCGGCCCGACAGGGAAAGGAUAAUUGCAGGCAAGGGAGACACAAGAAAUGUAUCGACCCAAAGUUACUCUUAAGGAUCGACAACACCUUUACCGACUUAUUAUUGGCCAACUGCUUUAUGAUGGGUACAUGAACAUUGCAUCAAACCUUAUCAAUGAGAUCAAGCCACCAUCAGUUUGCUCACCCUCUGAGCAACUACUACAUCUUGCCAAGCUUGGAAUGGAGAAUGAUGACAAUACUGUUCAGUAUGCUAUUGGACGCUCAGAUACAGUGGCUCCUGGUACAGGUAUUGAUAUGGAAUUUGAUGCUGAUGUUCAGACCAUGUCCCCGGAGGCUGCUGAGUAUGAGACAUGCUAUGUGACAUCACACAAAGGGCCAUGUCGAGUUGCCACCUACAGCCGAGAUGGACAGCUGAUUGCUACAGGUUCUGCUGAUGCAUCCAUCAAGAUUCUGGAUACAGAGAGGAUGCUAGCAAAGAGUGCCAUGCCUAUUGAGGUAAUGAUGAAUGAGACAGCACAGCAAAACAUGGAGAAUCAUCCUGUAAUUCGCACGCUUUAUGAUCACGUGGAUGAGGUUACGUGCCUUGCUUUCCACCCCACAGAACAGAUACUAGCAUCAGGGUCAAAGGAUUACACACUGAAACUUUUUGAUUAUUCCAAACCUUCUGCCAAAAGAGCAUUCAAGUAUCUUCAGGAAGCGGAGAUGCUGCGCUCCAUCUCUUUUCAUCCUUCUGGAGAUUACAUUCUUGUGGGAACACAGCAUCCCACUCUGCGAUUGUACGAUGUCAACACCUUUCAGUGCUUUGUGUCAAGCAAUCCCCGUGAUCAGCAUAAAGAUGCCAUCUGUGCUGUGAGCUACAAUCCCAGUGCCAAUACAUAUGUCACUUGCAGUAAAGACGGCAACAUCAAACUCUGGGACGGUGUAUCAAACCGCUGCAUCACAACUUACGAGAAAGCCCAUGAUGGUGCGGAGGUGUGCUCCAUUAUGUUCUCGAGAAAUUCGAAGUAUGUUUUGUCAAGUGGAAAGGAUUCUAUCGUGAAACUAUGGGAAAUAUCAACUGGACGCACAAUGGUCAAAUAUACAGGAGCUGGAUUGAGUGGUAGACAAACUCACCGCACCCAGGCGGUUUUCAACCACACUGAAGAUUAUGUGCUUCUCCCUGAUGAAAGAACAAUUAGCCUUUGUUGCUGGGAUUCACGUACAGCCGAACGCAAGAACCUCCUGUCUCUUGGUCACAACAAUAUUGUUCGCUGCAUUGUGCAUUCUCCAACAAAUCCUGGUUUCAUGACGUGCAGUGAUGACUUCAGGGCUAGAUUCUGGUAUAGAAGGUCCAGCACUGAUUGAGACAUUCAACAAAGGAAGAAAAAUGUAGAGAGGCCAGAACCUGCUUACUAUACAGUGAGAAGGAGUUGGGAGUUUGUAGGAAUUAAAACUUUUUCAACUUGGCCAAUUUUCCACUAUUGUGUUCCAAACUUCAGUUUGAGUUAACAUUAUGGUAAUUACCCAAUUAGUUCUAAGGUGCUAUGCUGAUUGGUCUCCACAAAUCAAUAGACUGUUUGGCCCAUAUUGAUUUUGUUCAAUUUAUUCCUGAUAGAGCAAUAUUUUAUUACAUGAGAAACCACAGGUAUAUAUUCUCAUUUUUUCUUCCUGCAAUUUAAACUAAAACAAAAUCUUAACUUUCUGUGUUUAUUAAAGUUGUUCUAAUCUCAGAACUCAGGCUAUUGCUUUCAUCACGUAGUUGAUGUAACACCAAACUUUAAUGAUGGAAGCUGUAGUUACUGGUGUGAAAGAUCACUAAAUUAGCCCAGAAUUCUAGCAUUGAACUUUGUGUGUACUUUUUUAAGAUUCCUUGAUAUCGUUAAAGUGGGUUGAAAUUAUUUUCUAAAAUGUUAAUCAUUAUCAUCUUGUCAUAUAGUGUCUGUACUUCAUAUGUAAACUGUAGGCUGAAUGUUGGCAGACAAUUUACUCAAGUGAGAAUCACAGUGAGAAUACCCAAGCUGAAACUAGAAAAUCACCUUUGGGACCUUGUUUGUAGUUUGCAAGACAUUAUCUUUACCUAGUGAGCACCUGAGGUACACCUUUGUUUAAAAAAAAUGCGUAUUAGUCUGAUUCUUGAGCCAUCUUAAUUCAUUAUCUUGCAAUAUUACUCUAGGCAUAUCUCUCAUGUUUUGUAAAGUUCAAGCCAUUUUUCUCUUGACAGGACUUCUGUCUGGAAUGACAAACUCUAUAAUUUGACAACUAGAUAUUGAUGACUGUUUGAGUGGGUGUAGUAAUACAUUUCUUGUUGAUACAAUUAAGUAUUCCUGAAAUCCUAUUUACUAUUAUAGCUAAACUGUAAUAUUCUUAUCCUGGUAUGUGAGGCUGUUUCUGUUUCAGGAUUUUUUCAUGGAAACUAUCAAAGCAUGAAAUCUGUUUAAAAUGGAAUAUCUCUCUGAAAUUUACAAAAUGAGAGCAUGGUGGCUUUAAUUUGCUUUAGUAUUUCCAAACUUGUGUGUGCAAAUGCUAGCUGUCAAUAAAUUAAUUUGGAUUAUCCCAAUGUAAGUCCUAAUCAGUUUGGCCCCAGAACAUAAAACUGCUACUAACUUAGUACAAAAUUAGUUUUCUCUCUCAAAAUGAUUCAAAGCAAGUAGUGUGAAAGUUGAUGAGCAGGAAUAGCCUUUAUCCUUUUCUGCAUUUCCAUGUAUGGCCUGAGAAUUUUGCUAUUGAAUAUAAAUAAAUUUAGUGUAAAUGCUGACUGUACACUUAUAUUUGCUUAAUGAUCAGUGUUGCUAUAAUUUAGUGUAAUUUUUACAUUAUUUUUGGAUGCUCUUGUCCUGACUAAUUUUUGAUAUGCUUUAAGUCAAAAUUGGCAUCUGGUAGUCUAAAAAUUGAUCCUAUUUUCAUAUUAAUAAAGUACUAAAUUUAUAAUAUGCAAGAUUACUAUGAGGGUUGCCCACUUUUCCUUGUGAUGUAUUUGUAACUUGUCAGCCAUAUAAAGUUAUGGUUAUGCUGUUGGCAGCUAAACAGUAACAAAUAAAUUUGAAAA